AAAUGCAUCUAGAGGGUUGUCCUACUGUAAACAGCAGUGGGUUUGGAACUGGGGUACCUGUGGAGCAACCUGGGGAUGUGGGGCCUCGGGCGGAGUCAUGGGGUUACUCACACCUUGAUCUGUAGCAGUCUGGCUUGGAGAGCAGCUGCAGAGAAUGGGAUGGGAGAGACCUCCCUUCCCCCAGCCCAGUGUUGGGAAGGCGUGUGCACUGCUGCCUGUGACUGAUCGUGGGGCUCCCCCGCCUGUCGAAGAGCGAGCAGAGCCUCUGGGCCUGAGCAAGCCUCCGGGCUCCUUCACCCCCCUAGCAUGGGCAAGAAGGGCAAAGUGGGGAAGAGCCGCCGGGACAAGUUCUACCGCCUGGCCAAGGAGACGGGCUUUCGCUCACGAUCCUCGUUCAAGCUGAUUCAGCUCAACCGUAAGUUCCAGUUCCUGCCGAAAUCCCGCGCGCUGCUGGACUUGUGUGCAGCCCCUGGCGGCUGGCUGCAAGUGGCCUCCAAGUUCAUGCCAGUUUCAAGCCUCAUUAUUGGGGUGGAUUUGGUCCCCAUUAAACCCAUCCCCAACGUGGUGACGCUGCAGGAGGACAUCACCACGGAGAAGUGUCGCCAGGCCGUGCGCAAGGAACUGCAGACGUGGAAGGUGGACGUGGUGCUGAACGACGGGGCCCCCAAUGUGGGGGCCAGCUGGGUGCAUGAUGCCUACUCCCAAGCCAACUUGACGCUCAUGGCCCUGAAGUUGGCCUGUGAAUUCCUUUCCAAGGGUGGCUGGUUUAUCACAAAAGUCUUCCGCUCCCGCGACUACCAGCCCCUCCUGUGGAUCUUCCAGCAGCUGUUUCGCAAGGUGCAGGCCACCAAGCCACAGGCCUCCCGCAAUGAGUCAGCCGAGAUCUUCGUCGUCUGCCAGGGAUAUCUGUCCCCAGAUAAAAUUGACAACAAAUUCUUUGAUCCCAAAUUUGCCUUCAAGGAAGUUGAGAUUCAGGCCAAAUCUGUGAGCGAGCUGGUGACCAAAAAGAAACCAAAGGCGGAGGGAUAUGCAGAAGGUGACACAACGCUCUAUCACCGCUUCACCCUGAUGGAUUUCCUCAAGGCCCCCAACCCUGUGGAUUUUCUCUCCAAGGCCAACGAGAUCACGCUGGGGGACAGCGAGCUGGAGCGACACAGCACCACCACCGAGGAGCUUCGCCAGUGCUGCCGGGACAUCCGUGUGCUGGGCCGCAAGGAGCUCAGGGCCCUGCUGAACUGGAGGACGAAGCUCCGUCGCUUUAUGGCCAGGAAACUGAAGGAGCAGGCCAAGGAGCUGGACAUCAGCUUGAGCUCCGGCGAGGAGGAGGAGGGCGGCGAGGAGGAGGCCGGGAAGACAUCGGGAGAAGCUGGGGAUGGAGCCAUCGAGGAGGAGGAGGAGAUGGAACUGAGGUUGGCAGAGCUGAAGGCAGAGGAAGUGGCUGAGCUGAAGAGGAAGAAGAAGAAGAUCCUGAAGGAGCAGCGUAAGCAGCGUGAGCGCAUUGAGUUGAAGAUGGACCUGCCCGGUGUCUCCAUCGCGGACGAGGGCGAGACUGGCAUGUUCUCCCUCAGAACCAUCGGCAAGACCCGGCUGCUGAACGAGGUGGCCAGGGGCGAUAUGGCGUCUGCUGAUGCCUUCCUGGAGGCGCCGCGUGAGGACGACGACGUGGCCCUCUCGGAGCAGGACGACGCGGAUGAUGUGUCUCUGGCCAGCGACUUGGGCUCGGACGAGCUGGCCGAUGUCGAGGAGCGGCUGCAGGAAGCCAAGCGGGAACUGGGCCCAAAGAGAGGGACCUUCCAGCAGCUGGCAGAGGAGGAGGGGGAGGAAAAUCCCCUGCUAGUGCCCCUGGAGGAGAAGUCAGUGCUGGACGAGAGGCAGACCACACUGUGGUUCGGGAAGGAGGUCUUUGCCAGCAUUGAGGACGAUGCAGACGAGGCCCUGGAGAUCAGCCAGGCGCGGGUGCUGUCUGAGAGGAAGGAGCCGCCGCCAGGGAACAUGAAGGGGAAGGGGCAGAAGAAGCUGCCCCCAUCCCAGGAUGGAGCUGCAGCAGAGGUGGGGCCCAGGGCAGCCGUGGGGGCUGGUCCCAGUGAAGCCCAGGGCGGUGGGAGCAGCGGCGAAGAUGACUCUGACAGCAGCAGCGACGAGGAGAGGGAAACAUCACAGAAGGGAAGGAAGCGGGCGCUGGCCGAGCCAGGUGGCUUCGAGGUGGUGCCCAUUGAGGACCCAGUGAAGCGAGCCCGUGUCCUGGAUGCGGAGGGGCUCGCGCUGGGGUCUGUCAUUGCCACCUCCAGGAAAGCCAAGCGGGACUUGAUUGACAACUCCUUCAACAGGUUUGCCUUUAACGAGGAGGAGGGGGAGCUGCCCGAGUGGUUCCAGCAGGAAGAACAGCAGCACCGCCGGAAGCAGCUGCCUCUGGACCGGCAGACAGUGGAUGAGUACAAGCAGCGCUGGCGCCAGAUCAACGCCCGCCCCAUCAAAAAGGUGGCAGAGGCCAAGGCCCGGAAGAAGCGGCGGAUGCUGAAGAAGAUGGAACAGAUGAAGAAGAAGGCAGAGGCUGUGGUGAGCACAGUGGAUAUUUCGGAGCGUGAAAAGGUGGCCCAGCUGCGCAGCAUCUACAAGAAGGCCGGCCUGGGGAAGGAGAAGCGGGAGGUCACCUACCUGGUAGCCAAGAAGGGAGUUGGCCGGCGUGUGCGGCGCCCUGCAGGGGUCAAGGGACACUUCAAGGUGGUGGACAGCCGCAUGAAGAAGGACAUGAGGGCUCAGAAAGGAAAAGAGAAGACAAAACGGCGCCGCAAGUGAGGACUCUGCCCCCGAGGGCUGGGCAUGGCCGGCGCCUGGCACUGUGUGCCAGGCUGGGGUAGCUGGACAGCCCACUUGUGAGCCCCCGGCUCCUCAGCCAGAGGAGGAGGGAGAUGCUCUGGAUCAGAAGAGGGCACUUCCUAUUGGCAAUGGAGCCACUUCCUGUCUGCAGCUCAUGGGAACUGGCCAUGCCAGCCUCAUCUUCCUGGCACCACCACCCUUCCCAGGCUUGCUGUGCGCCAGACGAUUGGUUAGCCCUGGUCAUGUGGCUUCUGUGUUGACAUCAUAGCUGUCAAUUCUACUCUCUACAUCCACCUUCUAGCCACACCCCACUGCGUGCAUGUCCCGGUCCCCACAGAGAGCAAGGCCAGGAGGUUCACAGGCUGCUUUGACUGUUGCUUUCAGCCAGGCUUCCUGUGCAGUCCGCGGCCUGGCCGAUAGCAGGGCUCCUUGGAGGUCGGUCCGGCAUUGCUUCCUGCUCUGAUUGUAGACUGAGCGGGUGCAUGGCAUGGGGGUUUGCUGGGAAAGCAGGAGCUAAAGCUGGGCAGGGAGAGGCGUCCCUGUCCCUUUCUCAUCUCCACUGUCUGGUCUCACUGCGGGAAGCGGCACUCCUAGCUUGCUCUGAAAUUAAACCCUGUUCUCUGG